UACCUUUCUGUUCCUUUCUGCAGUACCUGAAGGCAACACUGUUCACCAGGAUGAAAGGGGGAUAGAGGAAAAAAAGGAAAACACCGGAUCACAUGACCAUCUCUGCUCUUCCCUGCAGUAACAAUCUCUCCUCCUGCUCCUACUCCUCCCCCUCCUCCUCCUCCUCCUGCCUGCCUGCCUGCGACAGCUCAGCCCUGGUGUGGUCGCUCUAACUAACGCACGUCAACGGAAAGGAAAAACAGUCCGUCCGUCGUGAAGGCCUCUGCCACACCGAGAACUCUGCCCACAGCGACGACGGAUUACAGACUCACAUUAUAUACACACACACACUGUGCGUACAGAGGUGCUGCUGCUGUUAUUUUAACUUCAUAGCCGUGUAAGAGAAAGAAAAAGACAGUUUUCAUAAUGGCGACAGCUGCGGUGUCUGCCCCUGCGUGCAGCGGCCCCAGCCCCGGGCCGGGCACGGAGCUAGUCCGCGGGCAGGCCUUCGACGUCGGGCCUCGGUACAGCAACCUCUCCUACAUCGGGGAAGGAGCCUACGGGAUGGUGUGCUCUGCCUAUGACCGGGACAACAAGAUCCGCGUGGCCAUCAAGAAGAUCAGCCCCUUUGAGCACCAGACGUACUGCCAACGCACCCUGAGAGAGAUCAAAAUCCUGCUGCGCUUCAAACAUGAGAACAUCAUCGGAAUCAACGACAUUAUCCGCACACCCACCAUCGACCAGAUGAAGGAUGUAUAUAUCGUCCAGGAUCUCAUGGAGACAGACCUGUACAAGCUCCUGAAGACUCAAAAUUUGAGCAACGACCACAUCUGCUACUUCCUCUACCAGAUCCUCCGAGGGCUCAAGUACAUCCACUCUGCCAACGUCCUGCACCGUGACCUCAAGCCCUCCAACCUCCUGCUCAACACCACCUGUGAUCUCAAGAUCUGUGACUUUGGAUUGGCUCGUGUGGCUGAUCCUGACCACGAUCACACCGGCUUUCUAACAGAGUACGUAGCCACUCGUUGGUACCGGGCACCUGAGAUCAUGCUCAACUCCAAGGGCUACACCAAGUCCAUAGACAUCUGGUCCGUGGGUUGCAUCCUGGCUGAGAUGUUGUCUAACAGGCCGAUCUUUCCGGGGAAGCACUACUUGGAUCAGCUCAACCACAUUCUGGGGGUCCUGGGCUCUCCCUGUCAGGAGGAUCUCAACUGCAUCAUCAACAUCAAGGCCAGGAACUAUCUCUUGUCGCUGCCGACACGCUGCAAAGUGCCAUGGAGCCGCCUCUUCGCCAACGCUGAUCCCAAAGCUCUGGACCUGUUGGACAAGAUGUUGACCUUUAACCCUCACAAGAGGAUCGAGGUGGAGGAGGCUCUGGCGCACCCCUACCUGGAGCAAUAUUACGACCCCACAGAUGAGCCUGUCGCUGAGGCCCCCUUCAAGUUCGACAUGGAGCUGGAUGACCUACCCAAAGAGACACUGAAGGAGCUCAUCUUUGAAGAAACUGCACGUUUCCAGCCCGGCUUUAGGUCCUAACGUCUCACACAGAUGAAUCUGUGGACUGGCUUCUGCAUUGCCACUGCUCCUCCUCGCCUCCACACUGUUGCUGUGAUGGGUUUUCCGUUUUUUUUUUUUUUGUCUCUUUGUUUCGUUUUUUUUUUUGGUUCUUCCUCGCCUGUUGUCCUCAUCACCCGGAUUCCUUGGGUCUCACUCGUCAAGUCCACUUUGCUCAGGAAUGGCGUCAGGAAUCAAUCAAUCAAAUCGAUCGCCCUCUGCCUCUCUCUCCCUUUCUGCUCUCGCUCUCUCGGAGCGGAGGGGGGGUGGAGGGGAGGAGACGGAGGGUGGGUAUUCACAUCACAGCUUACAGUGUGUGUGUGUGUGGGGGGGUGAUUUUGUGUUUUAAGCCAAGAUAAACAAUUUGUGUGUGUGUGUGUGUGUUUCAAAGAUGUUUGACUCUGGCUAUUCCUAUACAAGACCUUCUCUGCUGUCCGGUUGAAUGACAGUGAUAGAUUAGCUGUCGUGGUUAUAACUCUGCCUGCAUUGCACAAAAGCAUCAGUGGAUUACUUCUCUAAUCACAUCCGUCAUAAAAAUAGAGGUCUUUUGAAUUUUCUAACCUUUGUCGCACUGUUACGAGGGAUCCUUGAUCUGUCUUUAUUCUCUCUUUGAAAAAGGUCAAAUCCCAAAUUGAUUUAUGCAAUGACACCACAUGAUCAACCCCGAUCCUCUGCAGGCCACAAGCCAUCACUUAACCAAGACCUUUUACUUUAACUCUUAGAACACAUGCACACAAAGGCCCACAAAUGCAAAUAUAUAAAGAUGAAAAAUGAUUAUAAAAAGACAUAUAUAUCUAUAGCCCAAAGAGUCUUAACGUAUUAUAAAGGCAGGCGAUCAGAUGAGUGUAUUCCUGUUUUUUUCCUUGUGUUAAAAACAAAAUAAAAAGCCCGUUUUCAUUCCUCAUCAGCUUCAGUAAAGCAUCAGGUUUUGUGUAAGUGCGUAAAAACAAAAAGAUCCCCCCCCUUCUGUGUCUGCCUUAGCCAUGAGAAACUAAAAAGGAAAAGUUAGUUUAACUCCUACAAGUCUGUAUGUACAGUAAGAUAUGUUUCUUUCUUCUUCUUUGGUCUGCGUUGAUCUCUCUCGCCUUGUUAGAAGAAAAACUGUGCCCUCUGCAUGACUGUUAUAAGCUCUGUAUACAAAGACGACCAUGUUAAAGUGCCACAGACCGAACGGGGCUCUUUGUGGUGUAUCACACGCGACUCUCACAUGGUGCUUUUUUUGUUUUCUCUCUCUUCAGCGCUCACUUUCUUUCUUUUCUUUUUCUUUUUCUUGCUUUUCCAUCGUCGGGAGUGUUCAGAUUUCCGUCUGCUCCACCCGCAUGCUGACGGAGGAUAACUUUUAAGCCGUCUGUGUCAUUGACAUUGUGUGAGAGCAGUUAAAACGACAUUCAGAUCACGUCUCCAUCUCCUCUGUGUGCGUCUGUCUUUGCUUUAAGUGACACACUGAAGACAGUCGGCGAGCGUCGGUACCAGCAAAAGGACAGAAGCGAAGUGGAAGUAAAAACCAUAUUUUGAAUUCUUGUCAGUAACUUCUGACUGAAGACUGUUGAACUUAAUGAUUUUCUUUCAAGCAAGAUGAUUUAUGACUUUUGAAGAUUAUUACAAACGAGCCUGAAACACCAUGCUGCAUCAAACAAACCAAGCCCCCCCCCCCCCACUUACUGCAGCGUUCAACUGGCUGUCUCUUAGUUAUGUUUACAACAGGGCCUCAAAUACAAACACACAUCUUCACCACAUGCAUCUUCAAACAAAACACUCGUUUGAUGACAUUUGAGAGAUACGAUUGAAUAGUUAGGACCUUAAACGCAUCAUCAGUCCUUUAAGAAUCUCUGCUCGCACUUAAAGUUAGAAUGAGAGAUUUUUCAUUCUAUCCAAAAAACGACAACGACGACAUGGACUGUGAUGGAAGUGUCUCCAUAGCUCUAAACCCACAUUUUUGUACUCAUUCAGCAUCAUCAGGAAUAUUUGGGACCUUAAACGCAUCAUCAGUCCUUUAAGAAUCUCUGCUCGCACUUAAAGUUAGAAUGAGAGAUUUUUCAUUCUAUCCCAAAACGAGAACGACGACGUGGACUGUGAUGGAAGUGUCUCCAUAACUCUAAACCCACAUUUUUGCACUCAUUCAGCAUCAUCAGGAAGAGGUUUUAGUUACUCAAAGUGUCUCCGAGGGCCGAGAGGAGCCGAAGAUCGGCCAUCUUUCUUUUCUUUUAGCUGAAUAACUCAGACUGAGCGGGGAAAGCACGGGCUAAACAAACAGCGCACGCUAAUGCUCUGCUGAAACGCUCUCAAGCCAUAACGGGUCAGUCAGUCAGUCAGUCAGUCUGCUGCACCUCUGACCACGCCCACCAGUGAUGUCAUCGCGGCUUACACGCCCUGCGUCACUGCAGCCAAGUGAGACUUCACACCUCUGAGCAAAAACGGGGACCCCGGAUGUUCCAGAAGAAGAACCUGUAAUGAGCUAAGCUAGCUGGCUGACUCAGAUUAUUUUUCUGUUCUUAAUUUUUUUUGAUAAUUUGCAGCUGGUUUUCAUGUAAUUUGGGAUUAACUGUCAGUGAAUUAGAACUUUGGUUAAUAGGGCUAAAAGAAAUGAUAAUUCUUGUGAGGAUUAUUAUGACAAAAUGUUAAAAAACGGAGUCAAAACAAGCUGAGAAUGUGCGCUAAAGUUCCCAAGAGCAGCGGUUUUGUCCCCAGAUUAAAGGAGGGAUUAUCAGCGUACCUUUCUGUCAGUCAUGUUGUGUUAGGCCAUGAUGUCAUCGCGGCCUAACACGCCCUGCGUCACUGCAGCCAAGUGAGACUUCAAACCUCUGAGCAAAAACGGGGACCCCAGAUGUUCCAGAAGAAGAACCUGUAAUGAGCUAAGCUAGCUGGCUGACUCAGAUUAUUUUUCUGUUCUUUAUUUUUUGGAUAAUUUGCAGCUGAUUUUCAUGUAAUUUGGGAUUAACUGUCAGUAAAUUAGAGCUUUGUGACAGAUUUUUUUGUGAGGAUUAUUUCGACAAAAUGUUAAAAAACGGAGUCGAAACAAGCUGAGAAUGUGCGCUAAAGUUCCCAAGAGCAGCGGUUUUGUCCCCAGAUUAAAGGAGGGAUUAUCAGCGUAUCUUUCUGUUAGUCAUGUUGUGUUAGGCCGUGAUGUCAUCGCAGGUCUGCAGCCAAGUGAGACUUCAAACCUCUGAGCGAAAACAGGGAUCCUGGAUGUUUGAGAAGAAGAACCUGUAAUGAGCUAAACUAGCUAGCUGACUCAGAUUAUUUUUCUGUUCUUUAUUUUUUUGAUAAUUUGCAGCUGGUUUUCAUGUUAUUUGGGAUUACAUGUAAUUUACUGUCAGUAAAUUUCAACUUUGGUUAAUAGGGCUAAAAGAAAUGAUAAUUCUUGUGAGGAUUAUUAUGACUAAAUGUUAAAAACGGAGUCAAAACAAGCUGAGAAUGUGCGCUAAAGUUCCCAAGAGCAGCGGUUUUGUCCCCAGAUUAAAGGAGGGAUGAUCAGCGUAUCUUUCCGUCAGUCAUCCAAAUGAAUUAUCAACAAACCGUCGCCUCCUUUUUUCUUUAAUUUCUCCACUUCAAAUCAGAAAAUCCCACGGCGGCCAUCUUCACGUGACGUCACGCUCAGGGUGCUCAGCUCAGACAUCGCCGUUACCGUCUUAUCGUUGUGUCCCAGCCAGGUCGCGAGUCGUGCGAACGCCAACAGCCUGACAAACCGCCGUCUUCACGCCACCCUUCAGAUGAUAACGCUUUAAAUCUUUAAAUGAGAAUCACGUGUCGGAUUGUUGAUGUUUGUACGAUUUCAGACGCAGCAGGAAGACGUGACGACGACAUGUGAGCGUCUCGGUUCGCACCUGGACGGAUGAAUAUUCAAAAGUGUGACAAAAGACGCAUGAAAAUGACGUUUCUGAUUAAAAAUGGAGGAUGAAUUAUAUUCAAAUCAGACAUUUGAAAACAAACCAAACCUCCGGUGCCCUCACGCUCUCCGUACACACCCGUCUGUCACACACACACACAUCUCUGAUUAUUAAAUGCACUUGCUUCUACAGUAGUUGGGAUGGGAGUUGUAAUCCAAGGUGCCUGCCAGGACUUGACUUACCUGUAGAUAGACUUUUUUCUGGGGGGUUUAGUUUGAACAUUUCGGGCACUGGAAACCUUACUGGGAUUAGUUGUAUAAAAAAGCUUCUGCUGAGUUCUUUGUGCGACCUGUCUGUUUGUGCCUUUUUUGAUAGUCUUGAUAUCCAAGAUUUUGAUGUGCAGCUUUUGUUUAGUCGGGAAUCCGUUGUAAUCGCAGUAUACGCUCUUUAAUAAUGAACACAAUCAAGUCUGUGGGUUUUUGGGCGGGAUGGCGGGUGGGUCUCCUUUCUUUUCUCUCAGUUAAUGUACAUUUUAAAGAGAUUUGUUGCCACAGCUGUGUGAUUUGUGACUGUAUUGAAAAGAUGAAAAGCAAACAUUUAUAUUUUUUGCGUUACCCUUUUUCCUUGAGCCUCUUUUUUUUUUUUCUUUUUUGGAUGUUUUUGUGCAGAUAUUUUUAUUGUAAAAUGAAUGUUAUGUUUCUAUCAGACACUAAUCUUGUUUGAGUUGUCUCCAGUGGAACUACUUCACUCUGUAUGUUUUGAUCAGUAUAAACCUUUAAUUGUGUAGUUAAACAUUUCUGAAAGAGAUAAAAAAAAAAAAAAAGAAUAAAAAAUGAUUACGAUCCUUGGUUGUACUUUAAAGGUUCCUGUUUGCCAUAGAAGCUCUUUUGAACCAUCGGUCAGUUUGAUUUCGCCGUCGUUUGAAGGAUUGUACGAGGUGUUUCUUCAAGAGACUGACUGCCAUUUAGAAAAAAAUCUGUUUGUUUAAAAGCUUUUCUUUUUUUUCUUUUGCAUCUCUGCCAUGACAUUUAAAUAGACGUUCAUUAAAAACACUGUACCUUCAUUAACAUCUCUGGAGUCUCUUUGUUGGAGAUGCGACUGGCAUGUUCACAACAGUAAGCAUUAGAGACGACAUCUGUACCUGCUGUCUGCAUCUAUCCUUACAUACAAGAGUGCAAAAUAAAAGUUUCAUGGAGCGACACAGUAUACAAUUAAAUGUGUUUAAUGAAAUGACUGAAAAUUCUUAAUAAAAAUGCUGUAUUACUCCAAAAACA